UCACCAUUUUAAUAUGUUCCUUGACAUAAUUUAGAUUACGCUUAGAUGACUAUUACUAUAACACGCACAUUCUGAUUAGGGUCAGUCUCUGUCUUGCUUGGGUAGACUGUUCUGUUGCAUCGGUUAUGUUCAUGAUUAGCUGAGAUUCUGAAUGGUUGCGAAGUGACUGUUGACACUUAUCUGUCAUUUAACCUCCCCAGUUCUCUUUUGAAAUAACAUUGAGAGCACAGGUAUACUUGCUAACAUUUUUCCUCGAUUGAGAUUUAAAUGGUAGGCUAAGUUAUUUCUGUAGCCCACCAUUUCUAUUUCUGCGAAUGACAAGUUAACAAAAAUCAGUAUUUCUGGUUGAGUGAGUGAAAAAUUCAGAUGGUGGUUACUGAGAGAGACCUGUAGUACUUGGUGACGAAAGGGUUUUCUUACUGCCUUUUCUUUCUUUUUAAAAAAAUUGUACUCUUAUUAAGCUUUUACCAUUUGUGUGAUUCUUUACAAUUCAUAAUAAGUAGCUAGUCCAUGACCCGACUUGUCCAUGGCCGAUCAACAUGAGUCCAUCGCUCUCACGCCUCCUCCCGUGGAACCACCAACGCCUACGGAACACAACUGGUUCCCCCACCCCCCUCCACCCAUCUACUCCUGCACCCUGACUCCUGAACUGGUGGCCAAGGCCCGUGAGGAACUUCAGGAGAAGCCGGAGUGGCGUCUUCGGGAUGUCCAAGCAUUGAGAGACAUGAUUCUGAAGGACCAGCCCAAUCUCAGGACCAGGCUGGAUGAUGCCUUCCUCUUGCGUUUCCUGCGAGCCAGGAAGUUUGACUAUGACCGUGCUCUGCAGCUGCUCCUCAAUUACCAUGCAGGUCGGAAGGCAUGGCCAGAGGUGUUCCAGGACCUUAAACCCUCGACUGUGAAACAUGUGCUGGAUCUGGGGUUUCUUACAGUCCUGCCACACCCAGAUCUCAAUGGACGAUACAUCCUCUGUCUUCGGCCAGGCAAAUGGAAACCAAAUGAUUAUCCAUUUGUUGAAAAUGUGAGGGCAAUUUAUCUGACUCUGGAGAAGCUAAUCCAGCCUGAGGAAACCCAAGUGAAUGGAAUUGUUAUCUUAGCUGACUACACUGGGGUAGGCAUGUCCCAAGCAUCCAACCCAGGCCCCUUCCUGGCCAAGAAAGUUGUGAGCAUUCUCCAGGAUGGGUUCCCAAUCAGAAUCAAGGCCGUUAACAUAAUUAACGAGCCCAGGAUUUUCAAAGGGAUUUUUGCAAUAAUUAAGCCUUUUCUAAAGGAGAAGAUGGCAGAGAGGUACAUCCUCCACGGUUCAGACCUGCGCUCCCUGCACAGAAACAUCCCCCGGUCGGUUCUCCCCGAGGAGUAUGGCGGCACUGCGGGCCACCUGGACAUGUCUGCAUGGUCAAGCAUACUACUGGACUCAGAGGAGGAGUUUAUAGUGGAGUUCUGCCAGCCAGAUCCACUAGAGGGGGUAAUGCUCCCAGACUCGAUGCUGUAUGAAGGAGAACAGGCCACUGGGCAGGACGAGGAUUCCUUUAGGGGGCUGCGCUCUCAACUGUACUACUGUUACUAACACAUAGUCACACUGACAUGGCUCAGAGAGACAGCGUUUGCUGUCUCUUGUGAAAGUAUGUCUUCAGAGUCUUACAGGGCAUGUUGCCAAUACUGUACAUAUUUAUUUUAUUAACUAAGCAACAUCACAUGAGCCAAAAAGUGCUCUUCAUUCUCCACACAGCCUAGCAAUUUUGUCAUACUUCCACGGCAGCUUCAGGCUCAGGUAAAGACGUUGACUUGAGCUGACGCACAUUUAUCCAUAACUGGGGUCUCGUAUGAGUUCGUCCCCAUUGUACUCCACAGAGGAAAACUUCUCAGUAGGCCCCUUAAAUGCACAGAUUGUCAAAAAGUUGGGUAUCUGUAAGCUGUAUGUAGGCUAUUCCUAGUCUAUCUGCACAGUCAUAUUGACCUGCACCCCUUCAAAGGUUGAAAUACGAUUUUGUGUAGCCACCUGAUACAUUGCCUUAUUUUGUUGAAAAAAGUCCAAAAAAUUUGCCGUGGACAGAAGAUAAAUUAUCUUAAAAACAAAUGUACCAAAGCAAUAUUCAUGGGCAUUGUCACCAGGUCUUGUCUUGCAUAUAAAUCGCUAAACUAAUCCUCGUGUAGGCUGGUAAAUGUAAAUAUCCAAUUGCUGUUGUUAAUGUGAUAGAUUUAAAUGUUCAUGCUGUAUAAGUAGCUCAUAUUUGAAUUCCAGGGCCUUUAUAUAGUUGAUGAUUUAGUUGAUACUUCGAUGAUGCCGGUUUAGUGGAUUUCAGGUAAACUAAUUAGAUGACUACUUUUCAAAGUUAAGAUAAUCUGCCUUAUGCGUCCUUAUGCAUUUUACACCAACAUUCAACCAUUUUGCCUGUGUAUCAUCACUCAGUCUUAACACAGGGCCAUGACUGAUAGUAGACAUCAUAUGGGGAAUUUCAGUGCUUGAACACUGAACAUUGACUGCCAUUGAUAUCCGAUCUGCCAAACGUUACAACGAUCUGUUUAAGAAGAUGGGGAAUGUGCAAUAACACUGUUGCACCUGUUUUGAUUGUGAAGCCUCUACCUAAUUUUAUUUGCUCUUUUUAGCUGCAUUCCAAAUAUUAGGUAUAUUGUUAUUUUUCAGCUUGACUUGUUUUUCCACAACAUUUUCAUCAAGUUGAAAAGUGUUCACUGUAAGUAUUAAGACAAUAAACCCAA